AUGUUCAUCCGACCUGUCCUCUCGUCUUCGCUCGGCCACGCGGCUCGCUCGAGCCUGCGAUCGCAGGCGCCAGCUGUGCGCCAGUACGCUACCGAGGCUGGCAAGUCCUCUGGCGGCUCGAACCUUCCUCUGGUGCUUGCUCUCGGUGGUGUUGCGGGUAUUGGUGCAUGGUACGGACUCGGAGGCUUUGAUGACCCCAAGAAAGUAUCGAACAAGAUCCAAGAGAAGGGCAAGGAGGCUGUCGACCAGGCCAAGGGUGCUGUCGAGGGCGGCGCUCUCAACAAGGACCAGUUUGUCGAGUUCACCUUGAAGGAGAUCAAGCCGUACAACCAUGACUCGGCCACGCUCAUCUUUGAGUUGCCGGAGGGCAAGAAGCCUGGGAUGGGCGUUGCUUCCGCGGUGGUCGUCAAGGCUGUCGGUGACGGUCUCAAGGACGACCAGGGCAAGGAUGUGAUUCGCCCUUACACCCCUAUUACUUCGCCCGAUACAGUCGGUCACAUGGACUUCCUCGUCAAGAAGUACCCCGGCGGAAAGAUGACCACCUACAUGCACUCGAUGAAGCCUGGUGACAAGCUCGGCAUCAAGGGCCCCAUCGCCAAGUUCGCGUACAAGGCCAACGAGUUCGAGUCAAUUGGUAUGAUCGCCGGUGGGUCUGGCAUCACUCCGAUGUAUCAGGUCAUCCAGGAUAUUGCCUCGAACCCGUCGGACAAAACCAAGGUCACGCUCAUCUACUCGAACAAGACCGAACAGGAUAUUUUGCUGCGCGAACAGUUUGAUCAACUGGCCAAGAAGGAUGACCGCUUCACCAUUAUCUACGGCCUCGACAAGCUUCCCAAGGGCUUCAACGGUUUCGAGGGAUAUGUGACCGAGGACCUGGUCAAGAAGCACCUGCCGCAGCCCGAGUUGGCCGACAAGGCCAAGAUCUUUGUUUGCGGACCUCCUCCCCAGGUUGAGGCUAUCAGCGGUAAAAAGGGCCCUAAGGGUAGCCAGGGCGAAUUGAAGGGUCUGCUUGCCAAGCUGGGCUACCAGGCUGAUCAGGUUUACAAGUUCUAG